AUGGCGUCGCAGCCGUUCCUACAGACCUCCAGCGUCCGAUCUAGUGUCGAUGUAGACACAAGCUCAGGAGGCAUUGGCAUGUCCAAUUACGCUGAAGAGAAACUCAAAUGCGCCGAGUUUCUGCUACAUUAUACGUCAAAUCUAGACGACUCUGCGCUAGGUCCCAAGUACGCGCGUAUGAUGCAAGAGGUUGCAAAUCGAGAACGGACGUCGAUUCCUAUUUCCUUGGACGAUGUGCAAAUCUUUGAUAAAGAUGACGCGAAUUUUGUAAGCCGCAUCGUGCGCAAUGCUCGACGAUAUAUUUCACUUUUUUCGGACGCUGUUGACGAGAAUUUGCCACCUCCGACACGGGACAUUUCUGAUUUUCAAGAUGUGUUGGAUGUACUACGGAUUUCUCGUGCUCAGGAGAUGGCACAACAGCGACAGAUUAAUGAUAGUGAAAUUGAUAGCCGUCAAUCGACGGCGACUGGAAAUGCUGCUGACAUCUUUCCUCCUGCUUUAAUGCGGCGCUUUGAAGUUCAUUUGAUUCCUGGUGUCAAGUUGAAAGCUGUACCAAUUCGACACGUGAAGGCGGCAAAGGUUGGAGCUCUUGUUCGCAUUAAGGGAAUGGUGACUCGUGUGUCGACCGUGAAGCCGCUGUUGACGGUAGCGACGUACACGUGCGAAGCUUGUGCUUAUGAAGUGUAUCAGGAGGUAAAGUCUCGACAGUUUAAUCCCGUGACUCAGUGUCCAAGUGAACGCUGUCAAACGAACAAGGACCGGGGCCGCUUGAUUAUGCAAACAAAAGCUUCCAAAUUUGACAAAUAUCAGGAAGUUAAGUUUCAGGAACUUCCUGAUCAAGUGCCGAUGGGACACAUCCCUCGAUCUCUUACCGUGUAUUUGCGUGGUGAACUCACUCGAACGUGUGAGCCCGGUGCUCUGGUUACAAUCUGCGGUGUGUUCUUACCACUGCCGUACUCACCGCAACGGCAAAUGCAAAUGGGACUUGUCACGGAAACCUAUUUGGAGGCAACCGAUGUUGUAAAUCACAAAAAACGGUACUCUGCUAUGGAAUCGUCCGAAGCAAUGGAAAGUGCCGUGUUGCGGUUGCAGGAAGGCUCCGAGAAUGUGUAUGAGGUGCUAUCGCAAUCGCUGGCGCCUGAAAUUUAUGGCCACGAAGACGUGAAGAAAGCGCUAUUGUUGCUGCUGAUAGGUGGUGUUACAAAGCGUAUGGAUGAGGGUAUGAAGUUGCGUGGUGAUUUGAAUAUGCUACUGAUGGGAGACCCUGGUGUUGCCAAGUCACAGCUACUCAAGCACAUUGCAACUGUGGCUCCGCGAGGCGUAUACACGACAGGUAAAGGUAGCUCUGGAGUGGGACUGACAGCUGCUGUGGUACGUGAUGCGACAACAAAGGAGAUGACUCUUGAAGGUGGUGCUCUUGUUUUAGCGGAUAUGGGAAUUUGCUGCAUCGAUGAAUUUGAUAAAAUGGAGGAGGGUGACAGAACGGCUAUUCAUGAGGUUAUGGAGCAGCAAACAGUAAGCAUUGCCAAGGCAGGCAUAACAACGACGCUUAACGCACGCUCAUCCGUGCUUGCAGCUGCGAACCCCAUAUACGGCCGCUACAACAAGAAGCUUAGCGCAUCGCAAAAUAUUAACCUUCCCAACGCGCUGUUGUCUCGUUUUGACCUCCUGUUUUUGUUGCUAGAUGUCGCCAACUACGAGAAAGAUGAAGCGCUUGCACGUCACGUUACUUAUGUGCACCGCUUUUCUCGUAAUCCGGAGAUGAAGUUUGAGCCUGUGCGACCUGAGGUGCUGCGUUACUUUAUUGCAAUUGCAAAGCAAUACCAACCUAGCAUCCCGGAGCACCUAUGCGGAUAUAUUGUGGAGGCCUAUGUGACAUUACGCCAGCAGGAUGCGAACGAACAUGCUCGUGAAAGACAGGAUCAGCAAUUUCGUCAACGUCAGUACGGUAAUGGAGGCGCUAAUGAUGCACAAACAGCGAUGACAGCUCGACAGCUACUGAGCAUAUUACGACUCUCCCAGGCACUUGCACGACUCCGUUUUUCCACUGAAGUUAUUCACCAGGAUGUUGACGAAGCCAUUCGACUAGUUUACGUGUCCAAGGCGUCAUUAUUAGAGCAAGAUGAUGUUGAUGGUGCUGGAAAUAAGGCCAAAGCAGGUACAACAAACAGCAGAGGUCGUAGCAGUGGGUCGUCUGACGCCACGUCAAAGAUUUUCCGUUUAUUGCUGGAAUUUGCCACUGAUCGCAAUUUAAAAGUUCUUGGAAUGAGUGAUUUGGAACCGGUCAUUUUGCGCAAGGGGUUUACUUCUCAGCAAUUGAACACUUGCAUUGAGUAUUACCAGAAAUUAGAAGUCAUGCAAUUGUCUAGCAAUGGUACUCGACUAACUCUAAUUUAA